AUGGAGGUAUCCAUGGUUAAAACAAGGUCAAAGACAACUAGAGAAGUUGAGAAGCAGGACUGUAGAAGUUUUCAGAGUGUUCAAUUUGGAACUCAUACACUUUAUCGUGAGUUUGAUUUUAUUCAAAAAACAUCGCAUAAUAGAGCAUCGUUUAUAUGUACUUUCUGGAAGUGUUACAAAUACAUUGGAAAAAGUGGAGACUUGUUGAAUGUACAGGAGUAUCAUUCACUGCUGUGUUUAUUGUGUCCAGAUUUUCCUUUGGAUGUUGUACAGAGGACUGCUCACAUCAUAUUCAUGGAAGAUGAAAUGAACUCGCUCAUGUCUUUCGCAGAUUUCCUCUUUGCAUUCCAAAUUCAAUUUUAUUAUUGUGAAUUUCUGAUUGAAUGUUCAAGUGUUUAUAAACGCCUUUUGAACUCCACUAUGAGCCCAAGAGAAGCAGUAGUGGUACCAAGUGGAAGUUCCUCUCCAAGGCAACAGAAGAAGUCAGUGGUUGUUGAGGCGCACUCCGAUGGUAUUGACUCAAAGAGCUUCUUAGACGCCCUCAAGCACACCUGUCGUUCUUUCAAGUUCAGUCAUCCCUCAGAUGCAUGCUUAGAUGAAAUAUUAGCUGGAUCAAUGCGUGUAUCGUUCUAUGGAUUUCUGAUGGCCCUCGCUAAGUCACAGCAAGUCAAUAAUGAAAUAUCUAUCUUGCCAGCACGUGCUAACAUUACGGAUGAUUCCGCCUUCGACGUUGAUCAAGCCAAGCGGUAGAUUCAAAUAAAUAUGCACUGUAUAUAUGUUCAAAGAAAUGUUAAUUAUUUUUUUCAAAAGUUUGGAUGUUUAGAGGUGUACAGAAAUAAUAUUGUUAGAUAUAUUUGCCUAUAAUGUAGAUUUCUUCACAAUAUAUAAAAGUUUGUGAUUUUUUGAUAUACAGUAUUGAUGUUAUGUGCUCACUAUGGGCAAACUGUUUUGUACAGUGGUGUAAUGCAUAAUGGGCUCUUGAGGGUAGGGGGAAAGCCCUAGCUUCAUCAUUCCAAAGGAGCCAGGAGUGUAUGAAAAUAAAGUUGGCUAUGGUUUAGUCAUGCAAUGUAAUUUUGUUCUUUAUAUUGAUACUGACAUUGCCUUUAAUGCCGUCUUUUCAGCCAUAAUAUUCCUAAUGUUCUUAAAGAUACUGAUGGUUCAUCACUCUUUCUGGCACGUUUAGGUCAUGAUUUCCUAAGAUUCGGAAAUAAUCCCUCUCGAAUUCAUCCUCAUAUAGUUCCUUUCAGGGUUGCAAUAAAUGAUUCUGGUCGUUUCGAUGUCAUAUUUUUCAUCACAUUGAUCUUAAUUGACUUAAUUUUUCUUCUGUUUGAGUUGUCAAGUUUAAUGCAUGCUUAACCAGAUUCAGCAAAAUUCCACUCCACAUAGAGUAAAUUGGCAUCACAUCAUUUAUGAAUAUAUCAAUAAUUAUAGGAGACCUCAGAUCAUUAGUGUUAGCUGAAGCAUCAUGGGAAGAUGAUAGUCUUCAACUUCGUCCUUAAGGAGAUCGCAAAUUCCUUCUUCUGAGCAGCCAUCUUCAAUUUUAUUUUUAAUUUCAAAGUUAUGGAAUUGAUUUUACAACCGAAGACGUGCCUCUGUAAACUCUUUACUCUUCGAAGAAGACAAGAACAAGGCAGUGUAUUCCCCUCAGCCCCAGUGUCGACUUUUACUGUCAAAUCUGCUUUGACGUCUUGUAUACCUGGUAGCUGUAUAUCCAGUUUGGUGAAUUUCUCAGUAGAUGUGGCACUGUUAAUGUGUACAACGUUGAAUGACAAUUGUUCCAUAUGUUGUUCUAACACAUCAAUAUCAUCAUCAGAAUCGUAUAUUACUGCAUGUACUCCACUCCUAUUUUUCAAUUUUCCAGUUCCCGACUUUUCAAUUUAGGCCUUUGUUUUGCUUUGUAAUGCUUUUUGUUAUGACUGUGAUGGUCCUGAUCAUGUUGAUUAGGAUAGUUAGUUGAUCUGCACAUUGUUGCCCAGUCGUUCAUUUUUUCCACAUUUUCAACACGUUGUGCCAUAUGCAGGGCAUUCUCGGGGAGGGUGUAUACACCCACAUUUCUUGCAUUUAUCAUGCUUAUUUUGGGUCAUGUGGCUAAUUUUUGCAGAUGGGUUAUUUGACUGAAGUCAUCAAGUUGCUUGUGAUGCAAAAGUGAAGCUUCAUGUCCUCUUGCAAGCGUGAUAGCCUCAUCUAAGGUAUAUUCAAUAUUUUUAGUAACUCCUUUUGGAGGUCGUUCUGCAUUGGCAAAUGCACAUUUCGCAGCAUGAAAUUUAAUUGUCAAUUGACUCAUUCGUUUCUUGUUUUAAUUUUUGGAGAUACAUCGUUGAAACACGAAAAUCGGUUUGCGGUUCUAUUUGUUCCUCUUCUGUUAGUCCCCACGAAUCAUAAUGUUUUAAGCCUUCUUCACCCACCAUCAAUAGUAGGUGGUUUAUCCUUUCGUCUGCCGCGAUAUAUUUUAAAAAAAGAAAAAAAAAAAUUUUUUUUUUUUUUUUCUUCCCAGCAGAAACGGGCCCUAUAUCUUUAAAGGUUAUACAUACUUGCCAAAAGACGACCAAAUAGAUGUAUAUGCAGAAUGUUAUAGUGAAUUAGAAGCUAGUUUCUUGUUCGCCGUAGAGGGCGUAUUUGCUCAUUAAGACAAGGAAGUAUAUUUGAAAUGAUAGAUGAGGUUCCUUUCUUCAAUCAAGCAAAUGCAUGGUGAUAUUAAUUUUCACUUUAUAACAUAUUAAAUGGAAAAAUCCAAACUGCAAAAUGAAUUUAUAACACUAAAACUAAUCAAUUUCUUUUGAUAUACCAUUUUACUGCCAAUUGGUUAUCUUAUACUGUAAAUGGAUUUAUUUUAUAUGUUAUGUAGUUAUCAAUUCUUCUGUUUCAACUUCUGAAACUUAAGCCUGUGUAUCCGAAAAUUUUCACAUGGUGUGAGUGAUUCAUGGAACUUAGUCCACAAUUCUGUGAUAUUUUUAACUCUUCAUUAGACAUAUUCCAUGUAUUGAAUAGCCGUUACCCUUCGUUCCCCGACCACAACAGAAUGUGAUUAUGCUGUUGGGUGGCAAGAGUAGCAUUGACCCUGAAUGUUUAGCUGCCAGUACUUCUCUUAUACUGUAGCCCUUGAGCAGUUUUAUCUGGAGAGACUCUGUGACCGCUGAUUACAUCUCGUCCGGAAAUUUGGGAGGACAGUCCGUGGAAAUAUGGAUGAUAUCCUUCCAAAAACCUGUUUAGAAGCAACUAAUAAAAAACUAAGAAACGCUAACAAACUAUCGCAGUAUAAGUGUCGUACAGAAAGAUUUAAAAAAUCAACAUUACCUUUUUUAAUAAAUAAUGACUUGGUGUGAUCAAAUCAAUUAUGAUAUUGUGAACUUCGACUAUGUUUUUCUCAGAAAAAUAAUUAUGUUAAAACCGCAAUAUUGCUCCUUUUUCUUAAUUAAAAUAAAUUAAUGUCAAAAACCCUUAAUGAUUUUGUGACCAUUGUGUAUGUGGAUGUAUAUUUUAUGUAUUUUUAUAUGUGCUUUUUUAAUGAUUAAUUUUAUAAAUAUUGUAAAUUGACUCAAUUCAGUUUUGUACUGCAAUGUAAAUUUUUUUAAUAAAAACAUGAAUGAAUGAAUGAACAUGGUAGUAUCUGGCGAGCAAUUUAACCACAUGUUGACAUUUCGCAAGAGGAUCUGAUAUUUACUGGUUUCAUCAAUAGGAGCCUUUUGAAGUCAUCCCCCAUUCUUUAUAAUGGAAUGAUAGUUUAACAAUGCUACUGCUCUUUUGGGGGUUUUUUGGCUCUUUUCAUGGUACAUAAAUUCUUCUUUAAAUGUUUGAUGCUGUAAAGUAUUUGAAGGUCACAUUUUCAGAUUGUUUUAUUUCUUCCAAUGAGACUGCUUCGAUUGGGACACAUUCAUCUUUCCAGAUGAUUUUGUCUUAUGCUUUAGUUUAACGUUACAGCGGAGAACCCAUGCUACUGUUUUUCGAAGCCAUUUCCCAAGUUAAAAUUUAAACAUCAUUGAAAUAACCCCUUCAUUGAUAGUAGUAUUGAUUGGUGCCAAAACAUCGGCUUUAAAUUCUGGUUUGUUAGCGAUCUUUAACUGUGGUCAUGCAUGUUCUUGCUUCUUUACAAACUCUGGACAUUCUAACCAUAAUAUAUUGCCAAUAAAUGUGUUGACUGGAGCCCCUCUAGAUGCUAAGUCAGCUGGGUUUUGUUUUGCAUCAAUGUGCCUCCAUUGGUCUUUAGUAAUGCAAUUUGAUACCCUGAAACAAAUAUCUAGCAUGAUGUACUUCAGUCCAGAAUACAGAUCGAAGGAUUUGUAUUUCAUCUUUGAUAUAAUUAUUAUUCUUUGCACGACCUUGUCAACAUUUAAAGUGAUUAAGGUUGCCACAGGUAACACACCUCUUUCUCCAACUAAAAAAAAAUAAUAAAUAAAUAAUAUUUGCAAUACAAUAACAAUAUUUGAGAAGUCAACCUUCAAAGUUUAUGAUUUUUCGGCAUUUCUCAGGCAGAAACCAUCACCAUAUUGUUAAAAAUUGUUGUUUUAAUAUUGAAAAUGUGGAAAAUAACAGCAUAGCAUGAUGUAUAGAUAUGAUAAAAUAGAUUUAAACCAAUUUUACUUUCCAUAAUGUUUUGGGCAUUAUGUCUGAAACAUUGAUUUGAAUUUGAAUAAGAUUCCGGAUUUCCGAGAUUUGGUCUCCACUCCCGUUUUAAUUCAUUAUUAGAUGAAUAAAUAGCAGGUGACUUAAUCAAGUUGCCACACGUCCUUGCCACCGGGAAGCGAGCACUUGGGAGAAAUGCCACCUUAAUUUUUUCCAGUGGCAUGACUGAUGAUCCUGUUGUAAAUCUUAAAAAGUUGGCAACAUCUUCUGCUUCGGGAAGAUAGUCUCUUCCCGAGGUCUCAAGUCCUCCGACUCGCUUACAAGACAUUCAGGACAUACAAUUUUAAUGUUAUUAAUUAUUUGUAUUAAUGUGAUUCUGUUUUUGUGGUAGGUUUUGCAACUAGGACAUUUUUAUACUGGGACAUUUUAAAGUCUGCUUUUAACAAUUGCUUUGACUUGAGUGCACAUUUGGAUUUGGGCCAAAUGUUAUUUUUCUAUAAGGAAAUAGAAGAUCCAUGUUAAUGAACAGGAACUGCUCCAAAAUUCUUUAAUUGUAGUGAUUAAAAAUUGGAAGAUCUGACUAAAAUUUAUAUAAUGUUCAAAUAGUUUCAGUGUACUGUUGCAAAUUGCAUCCAUUAUUUAUCUUAACUGUUUACUUUCGGUUAUUAAACUUAUUCCAAACAAGAUUAUUAUUAUUAUUAUUAUAGCUAUUGUUGAUGUUAUUAAUUAAUAAAGAACACUUUUAUUGAAACUAAAACUCUGA